AAAAUGUCAUCUUGAAAAAAUUGAAACCUUUAUUAAGAAGGAGCUCGCUGAUUCUUCUCUCUCAAUCAUUUCUCUCUUUCUCUUUCAUCUCAAAACAAAAAAUUAGGGUUUCUUUUCUUCCAAUAUACUUUCCAAUUUUGCUUCCGCGAUCGAUUAUUCCAGGUGUGAUUUGCAUACUGAAGGAAAUGAAGCCCGGAGGAUUCUCUACUUUGAACCCAUAUGCAGCAGCGUAUAUUCCCCUUUCUAAAAGGGAUUCAGCUGAUAGAAUUGAAAAUCUAGGAUGGACUGUGCAGGGUGGGAAUCCAAAUGUGUGGUAUGGGUCUGCCAAGCAUAAUGCACAGAUUAGGCAAAAUGAUAAAGGGCCGAUUUCUGUUCCUGAAAUGUCUAUGCUGAAGAGUCAAUCUGGGUAUGGUUCUUAUGGCUCGUCAUCACAGAAUUCAUAUGAGAUGUCAGGGAAGCAGAUCGUGGAUGAAGAAUUUGAAAUGGACUUGGAAUAUCUUCGGAUCAAUUUUCCUGGCAUAUCUGAUGAGUCCCUCACUGGUGUCUAUAUGGCUAACAAAGGUGACGUGGAUGGUGCUAUUGACAUGUUAAACCAACUUGAGUUUGACACUCUCGAGUCUUCUGGAAACCUUCCAGACACCUUGGAUAUUGGGGAUGUUUAUGAACCCGGGCCUUCAGCUGAGGCUUCAUCUGCGAAACCAAAGACUAUUGUGGAUGAAGCCAGUCCCUCAUCUGGCUCCUCAGCCCCGGACACAGCGGUUGCCACAUGAUUGACUUGUGAUCUAUUCAGUUGUUUUCUUUGGCCUUUCUUUUUGGUUUUCUGAAAGAAAAGUAUAUGAUUAGGGCAUCUUUCUUUUGAGAUGGGAGACAUGCAUUUAACAUAAUGGCUUGGUUGUGGGUGUAUAGUCCUCAGAUAGGUGCUUCUUCCAAAUAUCCCCUUUUUUUUCUCUGGGUUCUGCUAUCAAUUGAAGGCCCCUUGAGCGGUUUCACAAAUUGCAGGUUUCUGGAAUUGAAGUGAUAUAUGCUUCUUGACAAUAUCUGUUAUUUUGAAUUAGUAUGCUAUAUGGUGUAAAGAUCACCCUGAUGUCAAAAUGGUUUGGGGUUGCAUGUAAAGCUUGAUUAUAUGAUGGUUUGGCAGCUUUUUAUACUGUUCAAGUUA